GUUUCUGUUUUAUGAUUUUCAUUCCCUUUUUUGCGUUCGACAUAGAUAUGUUUUCUGCUGCUUUUCUUCCCAGUCCUCCUUCCCACUCAUACAUAUAUACCUUUUCAUAAAUUGAAAAUGAAGUCAUAUAGUUCGCUUCUCCUCGUAAUGUUGUGCGGUUUCUUUCUUGUUUUUUUUGCAAUUGAGAAUGGAAGAGCAUAUGUCCUCUAGCUCCAAUGAGUGGGUAAUUUGUAUGUAGAAUUGAAGAAUAAUUGAAAAGGAUUGAGAAUUCAAAUGGGGAAUCGAAGAAAAAUGUCUAUGAUUGAUGAUUUCAAUUGCAACCUGACGAGAGAGAUUAGAAAGAUAUAUGAGGGGUUUGGUUAUAGUUAUUUUGGAGAGUUGAGUGGGUAGUUAUUCUAAGAGAGAAUAAUUAGGAAAGUUGAUUAAAAUAACGAGGUGAAAAAUACAAAUUGAGAAAUGCGAGAUAAUAGGAAUAACACCAUCCACGUAGUUGAAAAUGGUUUUUGCAACUUUUUCGAUUAAGAAAAGGGUCGGUUGAGACUAUCUCCAUUCUCACGCCAAAUGAUCGGAUUGCGCUUUUGCUUCUACUCCGCGCAUCUCAACGAAAACUCCAAACGAAAAGAAAAAUAAAAACCUCUAUUUCCUUUCUUCAUUCCUAAAUUUAUUUCCAAGGUCACCCAAAAAAUGGCGGAGCCGUCACCAUGGGCGGAGCUGACUCACGAGUGUCUAACCAACAUCCUCUCCCGUCUAACCAUGGAGCAGCGGUGGCGCGGCCCUAUGCUCGUUUGCAAACACUGGUUCCGUGCCGCCACGGAUCCUUCUCUUUUUUCACACUUCGAUCUCGAAAAAAGGUUCGAGUCUGCCCCCACCGAGCUUCCGGCCUGGUGGUUGCCGGAGUUCGAGACCAAAAUUGAUUCCAUGCUCCGAUCUGCCGUCCGUUGGAGCCUUGGAUCUCUUUCAGUUAUUCGGAUUAGACACUGCUCCGAUUCUUCUCUCGAUUUAGUCGCUCAAGGAUGCCCAAACCUUGAGGUUCUUUCCAUCAAGAGCUGCGCCAAUGUUACUGAUAGAUCAAUGGCUAAGAUUGCUUUUGGCUGCCAAAAGCUCCGGGAAGUAGAUAUCAGCUACUGUCACGAAAUCUCAAACGUGUCUUUGGCAUUAAUCGGCAGGCAUUGUCCAAAUAUCAAGACUCUAAAACGAAACUUUUUUAACAAUCUAGAUCCUUCCCAACAUAAGGGAAUUGUCCCUGACAAUUAUCUAGAUGCCCGCCCACAAGAUGUGGAUUCAGAAGCUGCCGCUAUUGCAAAAUUCAUGCACAACUUGGAGUACCUUGAACUCGGUUUCUCUAAACUAUCAGCUAAAGCUCUAACUUUGAUCUGUGAAGGAUGUCCUAACCUCAAGUACUUGGAUCUGUUUGGGUGUGUGAACUUGACCAGCCGAGAUAUAAUGAAUGCUACAUCAAGUUUGGAGCAUUUGGAGAUUAGGAAACCAAAUUUCUACAUUCCAAGGUCGGUCUUUCACACGGAGAGGUAUGAUCAUUGGAGGUUGUAUGAUGAGAGAUUCCAAACUGAUAUUUUCCGAAUUUGAUGAUUCUGCAAGUGCACUUUUAAUACUAUAUGUAUAGCUGCACUUAGAAACCAAGUUUAAUGUUGCUUUCCUAAGUUGUACAGUUUUUAAUUUACCUGUUCUGUUUUAUGACAGUUACAAGUCUGUAUUAUAUUUGUAACUUGUAUGGUGGACUGAUGUGGCACAAGGUUGGUACUCUUGUAGUUAUUGUUAUGGGUUUCAGGUUUCACCCUGUACAUCUCUAAUCUCUUAAUAUGCUAAUGAUGGGACAAUUCACAUGAUAUUACAACAUUUAGAAAAUUAAUUUCUAAA